AUGUUCUCUGGACAUCCUAUUUUGGCCGAAAUUCGUCAAGGAACUCGUUUACGACCAACAAAAACUGUUGAUAAAAGUAAACCUGUAAUUGUAGCUGAUGGGGAAACAUUAAAUACAUUACUUGAUGAAUCAAAAAUACCUAAUAAACCUCUUAAUUGUGAAAAUUCUUUAUCUAACAAAGUAGAUGGUAUUCCUCCACCACCACCACCAAUACCUACAUCAAAUAUUCCACCUCCACCAGUACCACCUAUUGGAGGAGUUUCAAAACCAAAAACAGUAAAUCAACCGGUAAAUACAAAGUUUCAUAAUUUAGGUGGAAAAGUAACAAUUGAUCAAGAUGAAUUUAUAAAAUCAAUUCAACAUGGAUUUAAGCUAAAGCCAACAGUCACAAAUGAUAAAAGCGGCUUAAUUUUUGAUGAAGAACAACUUGAAAUUAUUAAUGCUGCUAAAAACCAAGAUGAUUCUAAUAACGGGAAAAGAAAAGUAUUAGUAGAAUUUAAAAAACCAGAAGAAACUUUAUCAACACAACAACAACCACCACCACCACCACCUCCACUAAUGAAUGUCCCAAUGCCGCCACCUCCCCCACCUGGUUUAAGAAUAGCUAAUAAUGACAGUCAUAAUGUUAUUAAAAAACAAGGUAAACCUAUUACAAAUCCAAAAUUACUUGCAUUAGGAGGUGGUUCGGCAAUAAAUGUAGAUAAAGAUGAAUUUUUAAAUUCUAUUAAAAGUGGUUUAAAAUUAAAAAAGGUUGAGGUACAUGAAAAAAAUCAACUAUUUUUUGAUGAUGAAGAACUUCAACAUUUAAGUAAAGUUAGAGAUGAAACAAAAGCAUCAAGUUCUAAUUUAUCAUCUUAUACAGCAUCAAGUGAAAAUUUAUUAAAUUCUUCCUAUGCAACAUCAACAUCAUCACUUCAUAAUGGUGAUAGUUACUCAUCAACAUCAUCCUUAUUAAUGGAUAGUACAGGAUCACAUGAACCAAUUAAAAAAAAAGAAUUUAAAUGGAAAGUACGUGAUGUUAAAGAAGAAACACCACCUGCACAUAUUGAUGCUGGAUGGAAUGAGGAAGAAAAGAAAUGGAAUCCAGAAAAGAUACAAGAUGAGAUACCAAAAGGGUCUGCUAAAGCAAGAAUUGCUAUGCUUGCCAAACUUACAGGUUCAAAUGAAUCUCUUUCUUCUAAUGGAAGUGGUAGUAUUAGUAAAUAUAAACCAUCACAAAUUAAAAAAGAUUUAUUUGAAAAGAAAGAUGAUACUAAAUCUAAAAAUGAAGAAAAUAAAAUUAUAAAACCAGUGAAAAAAUUAGAUUAUACAAUGUUUGAAAAUAAUAAUAAUGAUAAAAAUUAUAAUAAUAAUAGUUAUAAUAAAAAUAAAUAUAUCAAUAAUUCCGAUGAAAAAAAAGUUGCAAAAAAAUUUGGUGAAAAAAAAAGUAAUAUUGAAGAUAGUUUUGAUUUUGAUGGUAUUACUCUUAAUGAUGAUGAAGCUAAUGAAAUAAUGAAAGAAGCUAUGAAAUUGGAAGAAAAACCUAUACCAAAACCAUUAGAUAGAUCAUUAUAUGAAGCUAAAUUUGGUGGUUCAACAAAUUCACUAUCUGAUAAUACAUUAAAUGAUAGAAGAGAUAGAGAUAUUACACCAAAACCAUUAGAUAAAUCAUUAUUAACAUCACCAUUUAUUAAUAAUACAUCCACAGAAUUACCAACAUCAGCACAACCUUCUCCAAGAGCUUCACCUGGUCGAUUUGAUAAAGAAGAACUUGAAGCUAAAUUUGGUGGUGGUCAAACAAUUAAUUCUACCAAUAACAAGGAUGAUUUUAAACAGAAUAAAGAAGUUAUUAUUAAAAUUGAACCACAAAAAGAAGUGAAAAAAAAAUUUAUUAAAAAAGAAAAACCGUUAUCAUCAACAUUAAAUAUAUUACCAGUACCAAGUGAUGAAAUUAAUAAACCAAAAGUUGCUGUAAAUGGAAAAAUUAAAAGUAAUGAAGAAUUAAAUAUACCAUUAAAUAUUGAUACAAAAAAUACUUCAUUAAAAACUGGUACAGUUAGUGCUUUAAGAAAUCAAUUCCAAAAAUCUGUUACACCAUCACCAGAAAAUAAUACUUUAGGAACAUUAUCAUCAUCAGUAAAAUCAAGAAGUUUAAGUCCAUUAGCUGUUGAAACUGAUGGAAUAGUUAGUCCCUCCUUAUCACAAUAUAAAACAGCACCAACAAGUGCGGUUAGUUGUAGAACAGUUAAUACAAAUUCAGAAUCAUCUUCACCAAUAUCAAUAUCACCAGUUUCCUCUAACGAUAGUAUUAAUGGAAUUAAAAACACUGGUAAUAAUUCAAAAGAAUUUUCAAAUGGAUCAUCAACAUUUGGUAGAUAUAAUCCAAAAAAUAAUAAUUCUAAUGCAUCACGAUUUGAAGAGUUAAGGAAAUCAUUUAAUGUUAAAAAAGAUGAUACUCAAUUGACUUCAAAACUUGGUAAUAAUAAUUCAUCUCCAAUAAGUGGUGAACAUAUAUGGAAACAAGCAAUAAAAGAUAAAACUAGUAGUAAGAAUGUAAAUAAUAACAAUAAUAAUAAUAAUAAUAAUAAUAUUAGUAAUGAAAAAGAUGGUAUAAAAAAAAAUAGAGCUGUACCAAUUAGAUUGACAAAUGAAUAUAAAAGAUUCCGAUAA